AGCUGCGCACUGUUUGUCCUCACCUUCCAGGUCACCGUUACAGAUGAAGCAAACUUAAAAAUGAUGCCAUAUUAUGCAGAGCUAGUAUUUGAUGGAAAAAUAACUUCUUUCAACAUAUCUGCAAAUCUCCCUAUUACCCUGACUGGUUAUGCAAACAAUGUCACCAUAACCAACAUCAGCAUCACUACAGAUUGCAGUGUCACUGGCCAAGUAGCAGAAUGUAGAUGCCAACAAAACUAUACUUGGAGUGGCCCUGUAUGCACAUUGUACCCACAAUGCUGUUUGAACAAAACAUUCUGCAGCAUUAGUGUAUCAGAUGACACACCCAUGUGUCAACCUAAGAAAAGGGUAACUGUGAGGGGAACGUUCAUUCUACCUGACACGUUCACAGAAGAUCUUAAUGACAUUAACAGUGCUGCCUACACAGCCCUUAAGCAAAAGGUUGGAGACCAGUUGAAAAUACAUUUCAGUGAUUUGAAUGAAUUUGACUGUGUGAAAAUCAUUAGCUUCAGAAUCAAUUCAAGCACAGGAAACAUUAUUGUUGAAUUUGUAAUGCUCACGAAUGCACCUUUCACCAAUAAGAUGCUUCUACACAGAAUGGAGAAUGCUUCUAGUUCAUUGAAUGGCAGUAUGAUGACAGUAAACAUAACAGGAAUUGUUCAAAUGACCAUCAAGGAAAGAAAUGGAAAGACUGUUAAAUCUGGAGAUCAGGUUGUAAUAACUUGUACUCUGGAGGAUAAUACAGUGAAACCAAAAUGGUUCUUGAGUCAAAAAGGAGAAUCACUGGAAAUUCUACCAGGAAACGGAGUGGAAUUUGGUUCUUUAGAACCAGUUUACAACAUUACCAUUUUGAAAGCCAGUGAAAACUGGGGAGGUAUCUACACCUGUGAGUUUUCACAAGGUUCAAUAACACACAAAGGAGUCAAAACCCUUAGUGUAGCCCUCUUACCAGAUUAUAUUGUGGGUGUUGCAAAUCCACAAUUCCCUGACUGUAGGGAGAAUGGAGUAAUUCAAGUAAAUUCAACCUGCAGUAUCAAAAAGAGCAAUGAGACUUAUACAGUGAAAUGGACUAAUGCAAUUUCAAAUCUGAAUGUCACUGAAGAAGUCUAUACAUCUUCAACAACAGUCAAUUGUACUACUGAUACGCCUGAUAAUAUUACUGUAAUGUGUUCAUUUGAAAACAUUAUGGAGCAGGUGAAAUCACAAGACAUAAACAUUUCAAUUAUAAAAGGUGAUGAUGAUACUUGUCCAAAAGACGGAGACUGGCCAUUAACCAAAAGUGGUAAAGUGGCAGUUCUGCAGUGUGCAGAUACUGAGGUGGGGACACAAACACGGAAAUGUAAAGGAAACACGUGGGAAGAAUCACUGGAAGACUGUAUCGACAAAGAAUUAUAUGAAGUACGUCAAAGAGCAGAGAAACUGGCAGAAGGUCUUGGAAACCCGAAAGAAGUUGUCAGUAAUUUGUUAGCAGACCUUGCAAAGAUUGAAAAUACAAGUACACCAAUCUCAGCUGCAGCCCUUAAUGCAUCGUUGUAUGUUCUGACACUAAUAACUUCUGCUUCAAUGAAGGCAAAUACCACAUUUUCAGGGGAUGUUUGGAUAGAAUAUGUUGGUAGAGCAAACAGUCUCUUGGACCCUUCUUUGACAACAUGGAACAAAUCUGCUAAUAAAGCUUCUGACUUCCUUCAGACUAUUGAAAACUUUGCAAAGCUGGCAUUUGCAAACAAUGGAUCAUUUUCUAAAACAUUUCAAAAUCUUGAGUUGAUAUGCAGUCCUAUACUAGCAAAUAAAACAAUAGAAAUACAAUCCGCACAUGCACCUGUCAAAAUGAACGUUAAAACAAACUCCUUGAAAGCCACAAUUUCUACCUUAACUUUUUUUUCGUUAAGUUCAAUUUUACCACAAAAUACUGUGAAAGACUUUGGUGUUGACAGCAAAAUGCAAUCCAUCACAUUAGUAGAUGCAGAACCACAAAGAGUAGAAAUUAAUUUUCAAUUGGAAAAUGAAACAAUUUCAAAGCAUAAGAUGAUGUGUGUUUACUGGGAUUUCAAAGCAAAUGAUGGAAACGGAGGAUGGUCCGGUGAAGGCUGCAAAUGGGACAGACAAGACUCAAACUCAACCACCUCAUCUUGUGUUUGUGACCACUUGACAUCUUUCUCUGUGCUAAUGUCAAAAUUUCCUAUCAGUUUACCUUGGCUUGACGAAAUUGGUUAUGUUGGCGUGGGUGUGUCCAUUUGUUCCCUCAUGCUCUAUCUCAUAAUUGAAUUUUUAGUAUGGAAUUCAGUAGUUAAGUCAAACAUCUCUCAUUUUCGACACACAGCCCUGGUUAACAUUUCUGUGUCUUUGCUUAUUGCAGACUGCUGCUUUUUGUCUGCUUCUUUCCAAGGUGGCAAAGGCGGUAAACUCUGUUUAGCUCUAGCAAUGGCCAUGCAUGUUUCUUUCUUAGUGAUGUUCUUUUGGAUGCUCUGUCAAAGCAUAAUGCUCCUUCACCAAAUGAUUUUCCUCUUCCAACAACUGAGAAAGAGAAUUUACCUAUCUUUUUCAUUUGUUCUUGGCUACUUAGGCCCAAUAUGCAUUGUGAUUGGAACAUACAUGAAAAAUCCAAAUAAAUACCACAGUAAAGAUUCCUGCUGGCUAAUCUAUGAAGGGGGGAUGAAUGGAUCCAUUUUGGCUUUUGUUCUACCUGUUGGAAUCAUUGUUAUCAUCAAUACUUUUACUUUGGUUGUGGUCAUUUCAAAGCUGUUGAGACCUUCAGUAUCAGAAGGAGAUAAAGCAGAUGUCAGGGAGAAUGUGAAAAGUAUAAUGAAAGCAGUUAUUAUCCUGACUCCAGUAUUUGGAUUAACAUGGGCCCUGGGAUUCCUUACUCUUAUAUUUGACCUACCUGAGACGUUUGGAGCUAUGGCAGUUCACUACUCAUUUUCUAUAUUGAACUCAUUCCAGGGCCUGCUUAUUUUGAUAACUGGGUGCUUUACAGAGAAAAAGGUGCGAGAAGCCCUCUUGAAACGGUACGCUCCACAGUCCAAGAGUGAAACCUCAAAUUCUCUAAAGAAGUCAAGAAAGUAACGGCAACAGAUUGGAAUUUGGAAGAACCUGGAAUGCAAUCUCGGGCCCUCUUUACAAGGAUAUAAUUAAUAAUUGUUUAUUAUUCAAAUAAAGGUUGACAUGAAUUAAGCUGAAAAACUAACUGAAAAAAGUGAACAGCAGCCUAGAAUAGUAAUGUAUGCUGCAGUCAUUGUUGCUAACUUGUUUAGAAACUAACCUUUUUUAAGCAUUAGAAAAGCAUCUGUUCUGGCAUUUGUAAACACAAAAGACUCAUUAGUAAUUACUGCAACCUCAGUUUACAAUUUGUGCACAAACUUACACAUAAAAAUACAUUAAUUCAAACAGCUCUUGUAAAAAAUAUUCCGGGUUGCAUAAAUCCAGCACAUUUGUACAGAAGGUGUUUUGUGUCUCCCUCAAGGAAAUGUAUAGUCUAUAAAACUGGCCUGUAUUUUCCACAAUGGACAACUAGAAAGGGGAGUAGCCCACUCCACAGGUAAUAUAUCAAGUGGGCAAUUUGCCAGCAUUGGGAAACCAAGCCCUCUGUUUUACUGUCUACAAAUGGGAAAGCAAAACUAGCAGAACAAUCUGUAACAUUGGUGAAAAACUGCUUAACAAAAAGGAGAACUUAUUUUCAAUUUUUUGUUUGUUUUUUACAUAGACCCUUAUGAUAAAUGUAGGAUUUUUAAAAAUAAGUUAUUAUUAAGUUUAAAUAUUACCCUAAAAUGUUCCAAACAUUUUAGUUUUUUCAAUAAACAACAAAGGGGUUCUAAUAUAUAUACAAUGGACAAACUUAUUUUUAACCAAAUUUAAAUUGAAAGUAAACUGCUAAUAAUUUGUGUAAUUAGAAAUAUACAUACCUACAAAUUUUCUCAAUAGUAAUGCAUCAGUCAAAGUCAUCCUCCUCCUUGGGGCUAUGAAAUGUGGGGCAUUACCUUGAGAUUUACCAUGCUAUCCUGCCCAAGGGGGGGGGGAUGUGCUUGUUUUGCUUCCCCAGCCCCUCUAUACUGUAACAGUUUUGCAGUAUACAGUACUACUAUUAUGGCUUCCAGUAGACUUUUGCUUUAUUGUUAAAUAAAAUAUUUAAAUGAUAUUCACAUUAUUUUGUAGUUCCUUUGAUCACAUCAUUUUUUUUUGGUAAAUUAUGUCUCAAUCUUAAAAUUCUAGGUGAUGCAAAACUUUUGGCCAUAGCUGUAGAUACUGGGGAUUUGCUUGGGGAAUAAGACAAUAUUCGUGAGAAUUUGAUAACUGUUGUAACAGGCAUUGAUUAUCUCUGGCAUUAUUCCCCCAAGUGGGAGGGUCAGGGAUUGAUUUCAUUUAACUGGUUAAAUAGCUGAAAAUGUCAUUUAAAUUGAUUGUCUAAAUGUCUUUAUUGAAUGGCAUUUGCAAUAAUUCUGAACGUUGUUCUAGGUGGAUUUGCUCCCAUAAUGCCUGGCUUCCUGUGAACGUGGAUAUUCCUUACUGCCUGGCAUUGAACAGACUUACUCAUUCCAUUCGAGUCAUGUGACAAUGGGGCCUCUCCUAACCCACCUGCUCGCUCUCAAUAUAUAUGUAGAGUAGGUGGGACCUGCAGAGUUGAAAGGAUUCAUUGUCACAUGACUCGUAUGAAAGGAGGGAAACUGUUCAGUGCCAGGCAGUUAAGAAACAAUAACUGACUAUUUAAGCAACAAAACUCAGAACCACUUAGAAUGAUUACAUUCAUCAUAAAACCCAACUUAUAACAAUCAAUAAAAAUGAUAUUUUCAUAUGUACUCUUUCUUAAAUGUUUUUUUUGUUGUUGUUUUUGUUUUUUAAGAAGCAUAAUCCUUUUAUGUAACAAUUGAUGAAUCAUUAGUUUUGGAACAUUAUUUUAUUAAAUAUUAUAUUUUUACUUUUAAUAUAAAAACUGUCAAAUAAUUGUAUUCUUCAAUGUAAAGCAAAAUGUGUGAAAUAAUAUCUUAUGAUUUUAGUAAAUAAGUCUAAAACAUUUUAGUUGUAGUAAUAUUAGCAAUAGCUAUUGAGUUGUUGGAAUACUUUGCUCUCACACCUAGAAAUGUAUAUUUAAAAUAAUUAUCUGUUUUAGAAAUAAUUCCUGAAAUAAAGAUAUUUGAUUAUUAAGG